CUUUAUACUGAUUAAAACAUUUUCUGGUUCUCAUUUGACAGGAAUCGUUUCAGAGAUUGUUGCACAAGCAAGAUGGAAACAGAGCUGAGUGGGAAUAUCCAUUUGCAGUAGCUGGUAUCAACAUUUCUUUUAUGUUGGUUCAGAUGUUGGAUCUUCAAACGGGAGGGCCAUCUUCUACUGCCGGAAUCCGGUUUUUAGAACUACUCAAGGAAGAUCUGCUCGCAUUUGACAACUUAUACUGUGUGGCAUUCCGAAUGACGGUGUUCGAUGGCUUGCAAAACGGGCUUCG